CGCUUCUUUGCAAAAACGUCGUUUUCUCCUGCCGGUUCUAGAAAACCAACCACGAGUUGUCGUCGUGUGGGAGAAUCCAUCUUGAAGAGAGCUCUCCGGCCGUGACCAGUAAAAACAGUACAAAAUGUCCGAAGCCGACCAGCAGUACAUGGAGACGUCGGAAAACGGCCACGAGGUGGAGGAUGACUUCAACGGAGCCGGCCACGCCGAGGAGGGGGACGAGGACGGCGGCGCCGCCGACGGCUGCGGGGAGGGCGCGGGGCCCGAGGCGGACGGAGACUCGCAGAACGGCGGCACGGAGGGCGGCCAGAUCGACGCCAGCAAGGGCGAGGAGGAUGCCGGGAAAAUGUUUGUCGGUGGCCUCAGCUGGGACACGAGCAAGAAGGAUCUCAAAGAUUACUUCUCGAAAUUUGGCGAGGUGACAGAUUGUACCAUCAAGAUGGAUCAGCAGACAGGCCGGUCAAGAGGCUUCGGAUUCAUUCUCUUUAAAGACGCGGCCAGUGUAGACAAGGUUCUUGAGCAGAAGGAGCACCGGUUAGAUGGCCGACAGAUCGACCCAAAGAAAGCCAUGGCCAUGAAGAAGGACCCAGUCAAGAAAAUCUUCGUGGGAGGCCUUAACCCCGACACCUCAAAGGAAGUCAUUCAGGAAUACUUUGGAGCAUUUGGAGAGAUCGACACCAUUGAGCUGCCACAAGAUCCAAAGACCGAGAAGAGGAGGGGAUUUGUAUUUAUUACAUACAAAGACGAAGGCUCCGUCAAAAAAGUCAUGGAGAAGAAAUACCACACAGUCGGUGGAAGCAAGUGUGAAAUCAAAAUAGCCCAGCCCAAAGAGGUCUACAUGCAGCAGCAGUAUGGCGCCCGAGGAUACGGAGGACGUGGCAGGGGGCGUGGAGGUCAGGGCCAGAACUGGAAUCAAGGCUACAACAACAACUACUGGAACCAGGGAUACAACCAGGGUUAUGGUUAUGGACAGCAAGGCUAUGGAUAUGGCGGCUAUGGCAACUAUGACUACUCUGCUGGUUAUUACGGCUAUGGGGGUGGCUACGAUUACAACCAGGGCAAUACAAGCUAUGGGAAAACUCCAAGACGUGGAGGCCACCAGAGUAGCUACAAGCCAUACUGAUCACGCGUAGUGCAGGUAUGCAUUCUUGCAUCAUCCGUGGUAGUAUGAGAAAGUAGCUGUAACCAUUAGUGCCUUUUGAGCCCAAGGAUGUCCAUCUACUCUAAAUCCAUUCAAGCAUUGUGGUGGGGUUAGGCUAGGUCGUGACGUGUGGUCUGUGAUCAUCAGAGAUGGAUUCAUUCCACCUGUCAGCCAUCUUGAGAUGCAUCUCUACAAAGACUACUUGAUCAAUAAGGAUUAAGUUGGAGGUGGUUGAAAACGGGAAAAAAAAAAGAUCGUUUCAUUUUUCACCGGGGUGCUAGCUAGCGGUCGUGUUCCCCGUCCCCAAAGUGUGUCUGUCCAUUCAUUCACUGACCUGUCAAAAUCAUUCAUGCACUUGUGUCUUUGUUUAACUGCAUGCCGCGUUUGGUUAAUUCUCAGUAACGUAAAGCACCAUGUUUUUCUCUUAAGGUCUAAAGUAAAUAUGAAAAAGAGAUCCAUGGUCUGACCACAGCGAACAUGGGCUCUGGCUAUUCCUUUGGAGUUGGCAGAAAUUUGGACUCAUGCUCCAUUUGUACAGAUCAAGUGAGGAACUGGGGAAGCAAAUGUCACUUUUCCACUUUUUAUUUUAUAUUGUUUUGUGUCCAUUUACAUUUCCAGCAAUGGAAGUGUUAUUUUUACUGUACUUUUUGGUACCUUUUUUGAAUCUAAUGUAUUGUAUGGUUGUAUUUUUACAUGUCUACUGGAUUUACAGAUGUGCAGGAGCAAGAGCUUUUGAAGCUCAUAAAUAAAACAAUAUUGUUUUUUUUUUUUUUCCUUUUGGUGUUUCUAGAUUUUUAGUUAUAUAUAUUUUUUUCCUAUGCUGAGUGUUGGAUGCAAGUUGCAUGGCUUCAGAUGUGGGGUGAUGUAAAAUAAGGGAUUUAAAAUAAUCAAAGGCUUCUUUGUAAGUGUGUCCAUCGAGUAUUGCAGAUGGCCUUGUAGACAAAGACAACCACCAUCUUAUUUUAUUUUCUUCUUUUUCUUUUGGCUUUUAAGGAGUUUUUUUUUUUUUUCCCCUAUCAUGUCUGCAAAUUUUAAGUGACUUAACUAGUGUUAUACAACUGAACGCAAGCCUGUUGAUGUAAGAGGGUACUCCCUCUGUCACUGAAAUCUCAUUCCUCUAGUGUCUUGAGCAAAUUGGUAGAAAUAAACUUUUCAUUUAUAUUACAAACAGAUCUUUUUGUUAUUAUUUGUAAAGUUAAUGUUAAAUGUCUAAACUGUUAAAUGGCUUGCUUGUUUUGCAUCUCAUAAUAACAUCUCCAUGGACGCCUCUCUGGGAAGCUGUGGGAGAGGGCCUCACUGCCAGCAGGAUAACUGGCAUUAAUACUUGUUAAAUGUCAAAAAGCAUAACAUGAGCUUUUUUUUUUUUAAUUUUUAUUUAUUUCGUUUUUUAAAUAAAUGUCCAGUAGUUAAA